GCUACAAGAGACAUCUGGCUUCUUCUUUCCUACUGAGUAACCAGAUUUCAGACCCAGGGAGUACUUUCUUUGCUCUGAAAUCUGACCAACACCAUGCAUCUCUUCGUUCUUGCAACUUUGAUGGUCCUUCAUCUACUUAUAGUCCUCUUGAUCAGGUUCAUAUACUCCACUUUUUGGAUUCCGUACAAAAUCCAGCGACAUCUGUAUAAGCAGGGCAUCAGGGGCCCUGGCUACCGUCCGAUAUUUGGGAAUUCUCCCGAGUUCAAGCUAGAAUUCGAUGCAACAUUGAACAAACCAAUGGCAUCAUUCAGCCACGACAUAGUCCAUCGUGCAGAUCCAUGUUACCACAAGUGGACUGCCAUGUAUGGGAAGACCAUGCUUUUCUGGCACGGCUCCACUCCCCGGCUGGCUCUAGCUGAUCCCGAGAUGAUAAAGGAGGUUUUCCUAAACAAAUCCGGGCAUGUUAUAAAGGUUAAGCUUCCACCACUGGCUGAGCAGCUCUUUGGGAAGGGACUCAUUGAUUUGCACGGUGAAAAAUGGAGUAUUCACCGAAAAAUUGCCAAUCCAGCCUUCAUCAUGGACAGAGUUAAGGCAUGGGUUCCUGAGGUUGUGGAAAGUACUCAGGAGGUGCUUAAGAAGUGGGAAAAAGGGAUACGAGAAAGAAAUGAGAUAGAAGUGGAUGUACUGAAAGAGUUUCAUAUACUUUCGGCAGAAAUCUUAUCAAAAACAGCUUUUGGUAGUAAUUUUGAAGAGGGAAAGCACAUAUUUGAAUUACAAGACCAACAAGCCUUGUUGACUAUACUGGCUCUGAGGACCGUGUAUAUUCCUGGUUUGAGGUUUCUGCCUACGCGUGACAAUAGGAUGAGGUGGAAAGUAGAGAAAGAAACUCGACGGCUGAUAAGGAAAUUGAUCGACAGAGAAAAGAAAGCAGGAGGAAACCAAAAAUGUCUGCUCAGCUUUUUACUUUGGGGAGGAUUGCCAGUGGAAGAAGUCAUUGAUGAAUGCCAGACAUUCUAUUUUGCUGGAAAGGAAGCUGUCGCAAUAUUCUUGACUUGGACACUUCUGCUUCUGGCGUUGCACCAAGAAUGGCAGACCAAGGCAAGGGAAGAAGUAUGGCAAGUUUGCAAGAAUGAUGAGCUUCCAAAUGCAGACAAUCUAAAUGACUUGAAGAUUGUGGGCAUGAUACUUAAUGAAGCACUUCGACUCUACAAUCCGAUUCCAGAUUUGUUCAGGGAAGCAAAUCAGAAUAUCAAAGUGGGAAGCCUUGAUGUUCCUGCUGGCACCCAGUUCUAUUUGCCUGUGACUGCAACUCACCACAAUACUGAGAUAUGGGGAGAGGAUGCAGACGAGUUCAAUCCACAAAGAUUUGCUGAGCCGCGAAAGCAUCUUGUCUCAUUUUUCCCAUUUAGUUUAGGAUCCAGAAUUUGCAUCGGUCAAAAUUUUGCCGUGAUGGAGGGAAAAAUCAUCCUUGCUAUGAUUCUCAAACAAUUCUCUUUUGAAUUGUCACCAUCCUAUGUUCAUGCUCCUGUGACAUAUCUCACUGUCCAGCCUCAAUUUGGUGCUCAAAUCCUUUUCAGGAGGCUUUCUAGUUGAAUGCUUGUAGGGAGUUUUUUUUCCUUGUGUUCUAUAGUCUUCCUGUAUCCUGUCACAGUUGUUACUUGUUAGUGAUAUCCUAAGAUGCUGUACCACUUGGAAUCUUAUUCCCUGCGGUAAUGCAUUUUCCUGUGCUGUGCAAGUUGUGAUAAAUUUAUAGUAUGCCGACUGCUUCUUC